AUGGAUCCAGGAUGGGAAUUUCCAAAUCCCAAUUUCAAUACACAAAUUUCAUCGCCGGACUUCGAUUCUCUCAAUCACUCAUUCCAACAUCAUCAUCCGACCGUUCCCACUCCUCCACCGCCGCCGCCGCCGCCGCCGCAUGAUGGACAGCAAUCAGACGACAGUACUGGUCUCGUUAUUCCAACUUCUCAUUCUGAGCCUAACCAAUCCAGAAGAAGCCGGAGAUAUCAAGAGAGGAUUAAUGUGAUGCAGCAGCGGAUGACUCUGGAGGAGCUGUUGGAGGUCGAUUCAUGGACUUGGAGGAAAUACGGACAAAAACCCGUUAAAGGCUCGCCGAAUCCAAGAAGUUAUUACAGAUGCACCACCGCAAAAGGAUGUGGUGGGAGAAAGCAAGUAGAGAGGAGCCUUGAGGAUCCCAAUAUCUACUUAGUUACCUACUUCGGCGAGCACACCCAUCUCCGUCAAACUCACCGGACUCGCGAUCGAUACAAGUUCCAGUCCAAUCAGAUUACCCCCGAUUGUAAUGUCCCCAACCGCCCAUCAGAUCUCACCACACCGCCCAUUAUUACCGAGGAUGAGGAGGAGGACAUUGUUUUCAUUCCCAACACGGUUAUUAACGAGGAUAUCCUAUUGUCUUUCCAACAGCUCGGUCGACAGCAUGCUUCUUCUUCCAACCCCUUAGACUAA